AUGUUCUGGUGCAUCCGGAUGUUCAGGAUUGUGUGCUCUUGGAAAUACCACGUGUGGUCAGGGAGGUGUGGCAUCGACAUUCGGUGGUUGUUACUUGGAGUGCUUACCCUUCGGAGAGGAGCGUUGCGGUGUUGCGGUUUUCGGGCCUCGGCUGCAGAGCAGCGGAAGAGGCAGUGCUGGCAGUCAUCAAGUCCGGUUUCAACAAAAUGUGACACAUUGCGAUAUCCCAGGCUUAACUGCGCCAUUGCUCAUGUAGCUUGUCUUCUCGGUGCGCGAAAGGCGGCUGAGAAAGCCCUCGAGCGAGCUGGAAAUGCCCUUGCCACAGAGCUCACAGCACAAGCCGAGUUCGACCGCUUGCGCCGGCGGGAGCUGCAGCGAGAGGUGGCUUCCCUGAAGAAGGCCAUCAAGGCCGCGCCCUUCGACCUCGUUGCAUUUUUUCGCCGCCUCCUGGCGGCCCCUUCACAGCGAAAGGGGCGAAAUUCCGCUUCAGAUGCUGUUGCGCCCUUCGAGGCACUUCGACGAGGAUUUGGUUUGCCACAGUGCUUCGAGCGCGGGCUCUGCACCGAGGAGGACUUUCAAGCCCAGCUAGCCCGCUGUCUUCGUGGUGGACGGCUCCGCUGGAACCGCCUCUUCGGCGGCGCAAAAAGGCCGACGCUGUUGGAGGUCUGCUCUGGCACCGGAGACUGGGUGGUGGCACAGGCUCAGGCAGAUGCCGGCCGUGCCAAUUGGGUCGCGAGCGAGCUGCGAUAUGACCGGGCCUGGAGCAUCAUGACGAAGGCCAUCUUUGCCGGUGCAGACAAUUUGGCGGUGAUCGCCGGCGAUGCUGGCACCGUGCUGAAAGAGUGGGUGCUCCCCGGGAGUGUGGCAAAGGUCUGCGUAAACUUCCCCGAGCCUCCGCAGACCACUCGAAACGCGAACUGUGACGAGGCGGAAUCCGAGCUGCACCUGCUGACAUCCGACUUUUUCGAAGACGUCCACAAAGCUCUAAGCGACAGUGGCGUCUUGACCAUUUUUUCGGACAACCAGGAGUACAUGCGCUCCCUGGCACGAACUCUCGGCCUCCUUCGUCGGGGCCCAGGCGGUCGCCUUUUCGAGGCCUCGGGUGACGUGGACGCCUCGCACUUGGAGGAUGCUGAGGAGAUGUGUGGUUUGUUGAUCUGCCGUGGAUGUCCCGGCGAAGCCGAGGGCCACGCCGCGAAGGUGUCUUCCCAGUUCGACCGUUUCUUUCAGCAUGGCCAGCACACCGAUCGAUUCUACAUCUCCGUCGUCAAGGUCCAGGUCACCAGCCAAGACGACCAGCAGCUUUGA